ACUCUAUAGUUAAAGUAGUAUAUGCUUUAAUUGUACUAUUGUGCUAUUUGAUAAUAUUAUAUGUUGACAGACUACAUAUUAUGGCAAUGCAACCGACAGCUGUUAUAGCGUUGUUCCGGUUUGUGAAUUUCGCAAUUGAUUCGUCGAUGUACCCGUAAAAAAAUAAUAAAUAAAAAAUAAAUAAUAAUUUGAAACAAUGACGCGACGUAAACACACGUAUUAUGAGAAAAUUGAUCACACACACACACACACACACUACUUUAUUGAAUGACUCGAUAGAAUAUUAAUUGAUGAUAUUAAUGCCGAUGCAAAUAUACGAUACAGAAUGUACUUUAAUCCGACCAUAACGGGGCAUUAUAAUUAAUUUCGCAGAGAAUGUUAAUGAUUUUAGAAUAUAAAUGAAUGUUAAAUAUGCUGAAUGUAUAUAAACAAGGCUAUAAAAUCGUCAGUCUGUUAACGACAGUGAUUAUAUGGAUAUUUCCUAUAGAAAUAUUAGACUUUCGGUCGUUUUAUUAGCUACAUAAUUAUCUUUGUCUUAUAAUACAUUUCUUCUUUUAAAUGUAAAUCCAAACAUGUUUUCCAUAGUAUACAAUGUGUGGCCAAUAAUAAAAGAGACUAUAGUUGAAUAUAUCGAUGUGGAUUUUACUUUGUGGCUGACAUGGCUCUUAAUGCCACUUCUCAUAACAUUUUUGCUCCCGCUUGUGAUUGCGCUGUUGUUGUAUUCAACUUCCAUAAUAUUAUAUAUCUACAAAUUACACAGAGUAAGACUAAGAAAUGCUUAUGGCACUGCGUGGCAAAAUGCAGCACGUUAUAUGGUCGCAGCUCUCUGGGACGCACAUGGUUGGAUUUGGCAUGGAUAUGAAAUUGUGGGUUUAGAGAAUAUUCCACAGGAUGAACCAGUAUUGUUUAUAUAUUACCAUGGAGCUAUUCCAAUUGAUUUGUAUUAUUUCACAUCCAAAGUAUUUUUAUUUAAUUCAAAACUAGUCCAUACCGUAGCAGAUCGAUUUCUCUUUAAAUUUCCUGGAUGGUCCAUCAUUUCUGAUGUUCUGAAAGUGAUACCUGGCACAGUUCAAACAUGUUCUGCUAUUUUAAAGGAGGGCAAUAUGCUCUCUAUCUCUCCAGGUGGAGUAUAUGAAGCUCAAUUUGGAGAUUCUUAUUACGAACUUAUGUGGAAAAAAAGAAUGGGUUUUGCAAAAGUUGCAUUAGAUGCAAAAGUGAGUAUAGUUCCUUUCUUUACAAGAAAUAUCAGAGAAGCAUUUAGAACAAUAAGUUGGGGAAGAAGAAUGUGGCUGAGGAUAUAUACUUGGACAAAAUUUCCUUUUGUACCAAUUUAUGGUGGCUUUCCAGUAAAAUUGGUAACAUAUGUGGGUAAACCUAUUCCAUAUGAUGGAAAUCUUACACCUGAAGAGUUGCAGCUAAAGGUUGCUAAUGCUCUUAGGAAUUUAAUAAAAGAACAACAAUUAAUACCUGGUAACAUAACACGGGCUUUGAUGGAAAGAAUACGUACAAUACAUACUGUAGAAAGAUAAGGUUAACAAGUCUUCUUUCAUGUACUUAACAGUUAAUAAGGUGCAAAAUUUUCAGUAUAUCUUAGAAAUUAUUUUAAUUUAAUUGAUUAUAGAUGUUGAUAUUAAACGUUAGAUGUAGUAAACUUAAAAUGAUAAAAACAAGCUUUUUCUACAUUUAUAUUUGGUUUAUAUUUGUACUUAAAUACAUAAUUGGUUGUAAGUAAUUUAUAAUAUAUUUAUAAUAUUUUUAUAUAUGUAUGUGUGAACGCAGGAAAAAUAGGAAUACCUUACAUACAAAUUUAUAGACAUAUUGGUACAUUUCAUGAUAUAUACAUCUAUAUGACAUCUAUAUGACAUAUGACCAAAUUUGUGUAUGAAGAUACUUUUGUUUCUAUAUAAUUUCAUAUACAAAUAGCACUUAAUGUAAAAUAAUUUCCUGUACAUUGUUUUAAGUAUAAAAGCAAAUGUGAUUAUUUAACA